AUGCGAAAAAAUACGGAGAUACGCUCUAAAACUAGCCUAUAUGCUAAAUCCAUGGGAGCCUGUCCCAAGCUGGGCGGAGAGCAAGUCUCCAGAGCUACGGCGGCAGCCAUCGAGGCUUCUAUCCGAACUUUUCGGAAACGCUCUAAAACAGUACAUAAUCAACUUGGGAUGUCAAAGAAGGCUAUGAUGGCUAUGGACAGUUUUACAUUCGAUGUUUAUGACAAAAUAAAAACCGAGGCUUCAAAUUUAGUCUAUCAGAAUUCGAAGGCUACCAUUACCUCACGUGAAAUACAGACUGCAGUUCGUCUGAUUCUUCCGGGUGAAUUGGCAAAACAUGCUAUUACAGAAGGUGCAAAGGCAGUUACUAAGUACACAAAUACAAAAUAA